AUGUCUCAAGUUGAUCUUAUCGGAGCAUCACAUUCAGUCUCAACAACUGGUACAGCUGCUGCCACAGCUGUACAAUCACCUCUCGGUGGUCGUGUGAAAAAGAGUGGCAAACUCGUCAUGGAAAACCCAAAAAAGAAAUUCUUUCAAAAGUCAAGUUAUAAGAGAUUUGUGGUGUUGACUUCUAAAAAGAUUUUAUGUUUUAAAGAUAGUGAGAAAGUUGAAAAGAAACCCGAAGAUAAGAUUCCAUUGAGCAGAUUUUCUGCCAUUGUAGAUAUUGAUAAUCACAAGGGAAUGCAAAAUUCCUUUGGUAUUCGAACUGCUCUUCCCUCUAACAGUCCCUAUCUCGAUCAAGAGAGUGUAGCAUCGAACAAUGAUGAUUCACCAACAUCUUCAAGUUGUAACAAAACAUUUUGGUUCUUUGCUGACAAUCCCGAAGAACGUAAAUCAUGGAUUGAUACCAUUACCAAUAUCAUUGAAGAAUUGAAAGAGUCACAAACUCAUCUCCAUCUUAAAGUUGUGAAAUUGAUCGAACAACAAAAUUACAAUGACGUUCGACAAUUGAUUCUCAAUGGAGAAUACUCCAAGAACGCCUCUUUACAUUUCACAAAAGAAGAAAAGAGUACAGAUAGAGGCACCAGAAGUGCUUCGAUUGCACCUGGUUUGAGAGAAGAGGACUUGAGCGAUGAUGAAGAUGAAGAACAAGUGUUGACAACUGAAGAAAUUCGUCAAUUGACUCAAAUGGGAUAUCACGACCGAGACACCAUUUUACAUAUUGCUGUGAAAAAUCAAGAUUUAAAGCUUGUGAAAUUCUUGUUAGAGAGAGAUGUCGAUUUUAAUAAGAGGAAUAAGCUCGAUCAAACAGCAUUGCAUUUCAUUCCAAUCUCAAAUGGACCUGGAGUGUUUGAUCCCUCUUUAGCAAAUCGAAGUGGUAAUAUGGAAAAUUCUGGCAUUCCUCAAUUGUCAUUUACUGGAAGCAAUGAUAACAGUGCUUCAAAUUCUUCACCAAGAAGUGGAGGUGUUUCUCCACGUGGCAUUUCUCCUCGUUCUGGUGGUAUUUUGAGACCUCGUGACGAGUUGCUUCAAAUGAUCCUCGAAAAGAAAGAACAAAGAAAGAUCAAUAUUAAUCAGUUUGACAAAAAUGGAGGUUUCACAGCUCUUAAUUUGGCUGCUAGAGAAAAUGAAAUGGAUCUUGUCACCAAGUUGGUCUAUGAAAAUGCAGAUCCAAAUUUGGAGAAUGAUGUGGGGUGGACUCCAAUGCAUUAUGCCAUCUAUAAUCAAAACUUGAGAAUGCUUGAAGUGUUGACAAAAAGAGGAGGUGGUAAACUAUUGGCAUGUUCUAAGAGAUUUGUUGAGCCUCAUGAAGAAGAAGAGGUUGCUAAAUAUGGAAAUAUCAAAUUAGAAGAUUUGAAAAAGUAUGGCAGAAUGAGUCCACUCGACAUGAUUUUGAGCAUGUUAGCCAAUGCAACUCGGAAGUUGAUGAACGCCUCUCUUUUGAACUCUUUCAACGAUCGAUUGGCCACUCCAGGUUACAAAUCGACACCAGUCAUUCCAGGAUUACAACAAACACAGCCAGCUCAAUCCGUUCUCCAAACAAUUAACAACAAUCCAAGUUUGUCCAAGUUAUUGAGCUUGGCAAAAACAAUUCUCGCUGACAACACAUCCACAAGCCUUUCUUCAGAAGAUCUUGAAAAUCACUUGAAGCAAUUAUCCUCCGAUGAAAAUCUUGAUUUAUUUAUGGAUCACUUGUUUGUGGCGAUUCAAUUUGCUGAGGAGAUUUCAGUAGAAAAGUGCAAUUUGAUCCUCAAAACACUCACUGAAAAGGUUCCAAAAAUCGUCUUGUCUCGUUUCGAUGUUGGAAGCACAGUUUCUGGCAUGCAUUCCUCCACCACUUUUAUUCACAUUGCUAUUCGUGCCAAGAACUCUCAAGCACUCACCAUUCUCCUCAAUAAUCCAACAUUGAGUGCUGAAGAGUUGAAAAAUAUUGUCAAUGAAUGUGAAAAGCGUGCUGCUGAUGGAGCUGAGUAUACUCCUCUUCAUAAUGCCAUGUUGCAUGCUCCUGCACUGACUGGAGUUUUACUUGACUAUGGAGCUGAUUGUCACAAACGCUCUGGAAAGGAUUUACCAAUCUUUUUAGCUGUACAAUGUAAAGAAUUACCUGGAGAUGUUGGUGCUCGAAUUGUUCAAGCUGCUUUAGAUAAGAAUGAGGAAGAAGAUGUUCUCAACUUUAGCAAUAGUUUGGGACAAUCUUUAUUGUUCUUCGCUUGCCAAAAUUCACAACUUGAGCUUGUGAAAAAAUUGAUCGAAAGAGGUGCCAACAGUGGAGCGAUCACCAACGGUAAUGAAACUGUCUUGUCUGCAGCUGCCUAUGGUGGUAACUUGCAAGUGAUGGAAUAUUUGAUUGAUGAAUUGAAGUUAGAUCCAAGUGGAAGCUAUGAAGAAUUGUACACUGAAAAUUCAUAUCCUCCAAUUCAUGCAGCAACUAAGAAUGGAAAUUUGGAAGCUGUGAAAUUAUUGGUUGAGAAGUAUGGUGUUUCUGUGAAUCAAUCACGACACGACUUACAAAUGAGACCAAUUCAUUUGUGCUCUAUUAGUGGAAAAUUAGAUGUUGCUCAAUAUCUUGUUGAGAAGGGAUGUGACUGCACCGUAACCAUCAACACAAGAGAAGAUAAAUUACUCACUCCUCUCCACUUGGCUGCUGGUUAUGGUCAUCCUGAAAUUGUCAAGUUAUUGGUCGAACAAGGAAACUACAAUGGACAAUUCAAACCAGAAAAGGAAGAUUCACCUCUGAAGGUUGAUCUUAAUUUAAUCAAGACACAAAAUGGUGUCACAUCUCUCGAAUUGGCUAUGAAACGUGUUCAACUAAAUGUUGUCAAAUAUUUGUGUGAAUUGGGAACAGUUUCUGAUGAACACACACUUCAACUUGCCAUUCAAAGUAACAAUUCUGAAAUUAUUGGAUGGGUAGAAAAGAGACUAGGAGGUAAUGAAGAAAAGAAUAGACAUUUGAAAAUUGGAUCCUUUGAUGCCCUAGGAUUGAGUGUUACCUCAGCCACUCCAAAGAGCCCUCAACAAUAA